AUGAAUAUGGAUCAUCAUGAAAAAUAUUUAAACAGUGAUUUAGUACAAUAUUUUUCUACUGUAAUUAAAAUAUUUACUAAAUUAGUAACAUUUAAUACUACAACGGCGGAACUAACGUUGAUAUUAGAUCCAAUUGUGAAAUUACAUUUUUCUACAAAUUAUAUUGAAGCUUUCAAGGCGCUCAGUCAGCGUACUCCAAUGACGUCGAAACAAGAAUUAUUACUAAUUACAUGUCCACUGUUUUUGUUUAAUUAUCAACCACUAUGUGAAUAUCCCGAAGAAACAGAACAAUUUUUAACAUCAAAAUCCGUUUCCCUACUUCACCGAUAUCUUUGA